UACAUAUUGUUGAAAGCUUGGGUUUGUUUUUUGGAUGAGAACCGAGACAAAUCAGGAAACUGUGCUGCAGAAAGACAAGAAAUAUAAUGGUUGGGGAGUUGACACAGUACACUGCUUGUUCUACAUUUAUAAACCCACUACUACCUUGUACAAGUUGGUCUGGUUUUAGACAAGCUUCUUUCAAGACUCUCUAAAACUUCUUAAAGCUCCGACCAAAACAAUUCAAUCGAUACCACUUUCUUAGAACAACAAAGAGAUCUGUUUGAAAUAGCCACUGCUCAUCUACCAUGAAGAGACCACUUGGCAGCUCGGAUUCUUUUGGUGCUUUCAUGUCCAUCUGUCCAACUACAGAUGAACAUAGUCCGAGAAACAACCAUAUCUACAGCGGGAAGUUCCGGUCGAUGUUCGACGGAUACGACGAAGAAGUGUGCCUGGGAGAAUCGGGGCAUGUUUCCGAAAAGAAGCGGAGAUUAAGUGUGGAUCAAGUCAAGGCCCUGGAGAAGAAUUUCGAGGCCGAAAACAAGCUGGAACCUGAGAGGAAAGUGAAACUAGCUCAAGAGCUGGGGUUGCAACCGAGACAAGUUGCUGUCUGGUUCCAGAACCGGCGUGCUAGGUGGAAGACCAAGCAAUUGGAAAGAGACUACGGGCUUCUCAAAACCAGUUAUGAUACUCUCAAGGCUGAUUAUGAAGCUCUCCAGCUUGACAAUGAAGCUCUUCUCAAGGAGAUAAGAGAGUUGCAGGCGAAGCAGAGUGGGGUGGACACUGAUAAUAAAACACUGGAACAAAGUGAACCCUCUUUGGCUACUUCAUCAGAGCCUGCAGAUCUCAACGGCAAUGGAUCAGUUGGCUCGAAAGACGGGUCAUCUGACAGUGACUCGAGUGCUAUCUUGAAUGAAGACAUCAUCAUCAACGACAGCAAUAGCCCCAACAACGCGGCUGUUUCUUCACCAUCAUCCAUGGAUUGCUUCAAUCUCCCCAAAACAACCUUUCAACCCCACCAGUAUGUGAAGAUGGAAGAACACUUCUUCAGUGAAGAUGAUGAAGCUUGCAAUUUCUUUUCGGAUGAGCAAGCUCCCAGUCUUCAUUGGUAUUGUCCUGAUCCUGAACAGUGGACCUAAAGGCAAAAAAUCCAACAUGUAUGUAAUUAUGGGACCAAACCUAAUUCAAGGAAGCAAGGCAAGAAAAGGCAAAAACGGGAGUUAAGCUACUACUAAGACCGCGAUUUCCAGUUUAAAAAGAAAAAGGAAUUCGGAGAAGAAGAAGAAAAGGCAAAAAUUUUCUCUUGUGCUGUAAAUGGAAAAUUCUCCGUAAUCCAUUGGUGGAAAGUGAAACUUCUUUAUGGACAGAAGUUGAACCAAAAUAAUAUAUAGUAAAUAAACAUUAAUCAUCAUAAUUUUUCCUUUGCUUUUUUUU